AACCUUUGCAGCCAGUCAGGUGUUUGAAGUAUGUGUGUGUGAAUGUGAUGUCUCUUGAGUAUGUUCUCGUAAAUAAUUAAACAAAUAAUCUAUUUUUAAAUAUGAAAACCUGUACCAGUUCGAUUGACAGUUAAUGAAAUUUCUACUAGAUUACAAUGUCUUCCAAAAGCGAAUUAAAAAAAUUGUCGGAAGAGAGUUUAACAAGACAACCCGAAGAAGUAUUCGAUAUAAUAUGUAAACUGGGCGAAGGCUCUUAUGGUAGUGUCUACAAGGCGCUCCAUAAGGAGUCGGGACAAGUGUUAGCCAUCAAACAAGUACCCGUCGAUACUGAUCUGCAGGAAAUCAUAAAAGAAAUCUCAAUAAUGCAACAGUGUGAUAGUCCGUACGUUGUUAAGUAUUACGGAAGCUACUUUAAAAAUACAGAUCUGUGGAUUGUUAUGGAAUAUUGUGGAGCGGGUUCCGUUUCCGACAUCAUGAGGUUACGCAAGAAAACUUUAACGGAAGAUGAAAUCGCUACAAUUGUCUCCGAUACCUUGAAGGGUUUAGAGUACCUACAUUUAAGGAGGAAAAUUCAUCGUGAUAUUAAGGCUGGAAAUAUUUUGUUAAAUUCUGAGGGCCAUGCAAAACUGGCCGAUUUCGGGGUCGCCGGUCAGCUUACAGACACCAUGGUGAAAAGAAAUACUGUUAUCGGUACCCCGUUUUGGAUGGCUCCUGAGGUAAUCCAAGAGAUAGGAUACGACUGCGUUGCCGACAUUUGGAGUCUCGGAAUAACAGCGCUAGAAAUGGCCGAAGGAAAACCGCCGUACGGCGAUAUACACCCGAUGCGUGCCAUCUUUAUGAUUCCAACGAAACCGCCUCCGUCGUUCCGCGAACCUGACAAGUGGAGUUCGGAGUUUAUCGAUUUUGUGAGCGUGUGCCUAAUCAAAAAUCCGAAAGAACGCGCCACAGCCUCCAAUUUGCUUCAGCACGUCUUCAUACGUAAUGCAAAACCGUCGACGAUUUUGUCGCAGAUGAUAGCAGAGGCGCACGAAAUACGAGAAAUUCAAAGCUUUAGGAAUGUCUCCCAAACAAAUCCGCCAGUAAUCAAAGCAAAUCCAAACGAUGAAUCUGAUGACGACGUUGGGAAUAAUCAAAACGAAACUCUCAUUCAGUGUAAGGAUGAAGGAACUUUAGUACCCAAUAAGGGCGGAACUUUGGUGCCAAUGUCUCAGAGUGGAACUUUUGUCGAGUUACAGUCCGAGUUGGGAACUAUGGUGAUUAACAGUGAUGUUGACGAACAGACAAUGAAAAGACAUGACACAGCUUCUGAUAAUAUGGGCAAGAAAUAUCGACCACUCUUUCUGGACCAUUUUGAUAAGAAGGAGGCCGAAGUUAAGCAUGGGAAUGGUGUCGCUAGUCCUGCAACGUUGGAUGGUCCCGAACUGAACAUAGAGGAGCAGCAACGUUUUCAAAGUCAUUUUCACCUACAAAUGAGCCCAGUACAACCAUUGCAAAUGUUACAAGAAAACAGGCCUAACUUCCAAAGGCCAUUCACAGACGGCGAUUUUGAAUUUUUAAAAUUUUUAAGCUACGAAGAGCUACAUCAACGAAUGGCGACGUUAGAUGCGGAAAUGGAGAGAGAAAUUGAGGAGUUACGUAGGAGAUACCAAACGAAACGCCAACCUAUUUUAGAUGCCAUGGACACGAAACGUAAACGCCAACAAAACUUUUAAUAUCAAAGUCACCAUUACUAUUUAUCGUAGAAGUAAUAAUUGCAAUCAUUGAAUGGUGCUCAAAAAGUUUUUUAGGAUACCUAUUUAUUUAGUCUUCUAAUCUUGCCAUAUUUCUAUACUGUACAUAAUAUUCUCUUCUGUUAUUUGUUUACGUUAAACUAUGAAUUUCGUAACACAUGAAUCUGAAAAAUUGAAACUUUUUGAGCGGGAAGCAAGCAAAUCAGGGAGAUAAAUGUGUUCCUAUUCGUACUUAAUGGAUUUUCUAUAGUUUGCCCUGUGUGUUAAAUGCACUUUUUAAUACUCAGUAUUGGCAUCUCAUAUAAGUUAAUAUAAAAAGUAUUAAUUGUUUAAAUGUGGUAGAUUAUAAAAAGUGCAUUGAUGUAAAGUUGGAGAAAGAUGUUUUUAGUGAGAUUGUCAUUUUUGUUAUUACUAGUUUUGGCUCUAAAUGUUUACGUUUAACGUUAACUAUGUUUUAAAUUGUUCUUUGGCUUGUCUAUUCAUUUUUGUAUCUUUUUGUAUAAAAUGUUUCUCAUAGUCAUGUAGGAUAUACCAGUACGAAUAUGUACGCUUGCUGUGCCUUUAGUAGAUUAGAUAUUAGAUUUAAGGACGACUGUAACCAUUAUUUUUUGGACAACCUAAUUAGAUAAUAAAUUCAUACUUAAAACUCGCUAA